AUGGCAUUAGUUGUGCAGUGUCUCAGCAAAUAAGCACAUUCAUUAGCGAUUUGAGUGAUUUAUAAAAGUACAAAAAGACUGAAUUAAAAUGAGUUUGAGCGGCAAGAAUGUUAUCUUCGUUGGCGGUUUGGGCUUCAUAGGCUACGAAGCCUGCAAAAAAUUGAUGCCCAAGAAUAUGGCGAGCUUUUUCGUCUUCGACGUUUUGGAAAAUGCUGAGAAUAUCAAGGCACUGCAGGCACUCAAUCCCAAAACCAAAGUUUAUUACACCAAAUUCGACAUCACCAACAAGGACUCCAUCAAAAGCGCCAUUGCUGAUGUGGUGUCCAAGGUCAAGUAUAUCGAUGUACUCGUUAACGGUGCCGGCAUCUUGGCUGAUCCUAAUGUUGAGUUGACGAUGAACAUCAAUUUAAUUGGUCUCAUCAACACCACCUUCGAAGCUUUACCGUACAUGGACAAGAACAAGCAAGGACGCGGUGGCUUGAUCGUGAACAUUGCCUCCGUGUUGGGUCUGGAACCGUGCCCACCAGCGGCUGUGUACUGUGCAUCGAAAUUCGGUGUUAUGGGUUUCACGCGUUCCAUUUCUGACCCCUACUACUACAACAUCACCGGUGUUGCUGUGGUAACUUUCUGUCCUGGCUUGACUGAAACGCCAUUGAAAAACAACAUUGGCAGCAAAUACACCUUUGAAUACUCGAAGACAAUUAGUGAGGAAUUGAAUAACACCAAGACACAGAAACCCGAAGUUUGUGGCGGUCACUUAGCUGAAGUGGUUGUGUCGCACGAGAACGGCGGCAUCUACAUCAGCAACCAAGGCAGUUUGUCCAAGGUCAUACCCACCGUCUACUGGCAGCCCACCUAUUAGAACGGCGAAUAUCUGAGAUUCUUUGCAACUGUGUAUAUACAAACAUUGUUGCAAUAUUUACAUAAGAACUUGUAAAUAUUUUGUUUUUUUAGUUUUGUAAGCUUAAAGUCUGAGUUGAAUAAAUGUUGAUUAGUUAUGCACUAAAAACGUGA